AAUCAAUAAUGCAAAAAUAUCUCCAAAACACCUUUGCAAAAUAAUUAAAUAAAGCUUCAUUUGCUUAUUUCAGUCAUUCUGGACAUGCCUCCAAAAAACCUCCCGUGAGAGUGGCAAUUACAGGAGCAGCUGGAUAAAUUGGUUACUCCUUAAUAUUUAGAAUUGCAAGUGGCGAGAUGUUAGGACCAAAUCAACCAGUUAUUCUUCAUUUGAUCGAUUUACCAUUUGCUAUGGCUGCAUUGAAUGGAGUAGUAAUGGAAAUUCAAGAUUGCGCAUUCCCACUUGUCAAAGGAAUAGUGGCAACUGACAAUCAAGCAGUUGGAUUCAAAAAUGUUGAUUACGCUCUCCUUGUUGGUGCAAAACCAAGAGGUCCAGGAAUGGAAAGAGGAGACCUAUUAAAGGACAAUGGUAAAAUAUUCACAGAAACUGGAAAGCAUAUCAAUGUAGAAUAUUUCAUAUUAACUCGUAGGAACAUGCAAGUAGAGACAUCAAAGUGGUUGUGGUUGGUAAUCCAUGCAAUACAAAUUGCUUAAUUUUAGCAAAUCAAAUUAAAGAUAUUCCAAAAGAAAACUUUACAGCUAUGACUAGAUUGGAUCAUAAUAGAGCACAACAUCAAUUAGCUGACAAAUUGGGAGUUCACACCACCGAUAUCAGAAGAAUAGCCAUCUUUGGAAAUCAUUCCCCCACUAUGGUACCCUAUAUUGAUUAAAUGACAGCAAAAAGUAAUCAAGGAUUUUGUAUUCAUUAGAUCACAAAGCCACUGUGGAUUAAUAAUGGGUUUCCUAAACUUUUAUUCCAACUGUUCAAUAAAGAGGAGCUGAAAUCAUUAAAGCUAGAAAACUGUCCAGUGCAGCUUCAGCUGGAAAUGCAGCCAUGAAUCACAUUACUACUUGGGUUAAUGGUACUGCUGAAGGUAAUACACAAUUAAUAAUUUAAGGUGAUUUUACAUCCAUGGCCAUCCCUUCCGAUGGUAGUUAUGGAGUACCCAAGGGAUUGAUUUUCUCAUUUCCCGUUUCUGUCAAAAAUGGAAAAUACUCCAUUGUUUAGGGGUUGCCAAUUUCACCCUUCUACUAAGGCCUUCUUGAUAAAACCAUAAAGGAAUUAGUUGAUGAGAGAAAUGCAGUUGAUCAUUUGCUUAAAUGAUAUUCCAUAUUUAAUCAAUCCAUAUUAAAAUAUUUAGAUCAGUG